AUGUGUGGUGGUGCAAUCCUCUACAAUCUCAUCCCUCGCAACGGCAAUCGCCCCGUCUCCGCCGCCGACCUCUGGCCCAACUCCCCCUUUGCCGCAGAGUGCAACGCACACCUCACUACUAAGCGCGCACAACCCUGUACCGGUGACGAGUGCGUUGAAAAGAAGGUGAAAAGGCAAAGGAAGAACCUGUACAGGGGAAUCAGGCAGCGUCCAUGGGGGAAAUGGGCGGCUGAGAUCCGCGAUCCCAGAAAAGGCGUUAGGGUUUGGCUUGGUACCUUCAACACGGCGGAAGAAGCAGCUAGAGCCUACGACAGGGAAGCUCGUCAGAUCAGAGGAAAGAAAGCUAAGGUCAACUUUCCGAACGAGGACGACGAUUACUCCAACCCUCAAGCCCACCAUCAGUCCUCAUCCUUGCGCAAUCCCAACCCUAAUCCAUAUGUAAACUACAAUGGGUUUGGCGAUAAUCUGAAUCUGACGAAUACAUACAAUCCCAAUCCCAAUCCCGAUCCCGAUUUCUAUAGCGUCCCAUGUGUCCUUCAGAGCGAAGACGCUUCUGGUUCUGGUUCUGAGAGUGCCUACUCUUCGAUGGGUUGUAAUAAGAAUGCAAAUAAUGCUUGCUUUGAGGAGGUGAAUGUGAAGGAAGACGAAGAGAAGCCAAAGUUGACGACAGUAGCAGGGGAGGAAGCGGACGACGUGCAAAAGCUUUCGGAUGAAUUACUGGCCUACGAGUCCUACAUGAAAUUCUACCAGAUUCCGUACCUCGAUGGCCAAUCGGCUCCAGCGGCACAGGAUAGCGUCGCCGCCGGUAGCGCCAUGGAGCUCUGGAGCUUCGACGAUGUUACUCCCGCGAGGGCCUGA